AUGGUGAACUCCCGGGUGGCUAUCGUCGCCGCCGCUCUACUGGGUCAUGCCUCGAUAGGCAUUGCCCAGCAGUCUGGAUGGGAAGAUGGACAAGUCAAUGCAACUAUGUGUUAUUGGGAACAACUUCGAGCUUCCGUGGUGCGCGAUACUGUCUAUCUCGAUGGCGGUGCUCUAUGGUGGAUACCCGGCCUCAAUGAUGGGAGCUACGGAGCUAUUACCAGCGAUGGCAAUCCUCUGGGUCUUGUCUACACUCUGAACUUCAGCACCCCUUUCAACAUGUCGCAAAAUAUCAGUGCCAUUCUAGACACCAUAUCGAAAGCGCCCAAUGGCGGCGCGGCGAAUAACAUUGCGCCAAACUACUACGACGGUGCCAUGCUGGGAAACGAUGAUGAGUGGUAUCUGUAUGGAGGGUUACUGAAGCAAACCCAGGCGUUCUCAGACCCGCCUGACAAUGCUGUGACUGCCUACCAGGCAUAUCAGUACGGAGUCGACAAGCCAGCAUUCCGCGCCGGCUUCCUCAACGAUGUGUUGCCCGAUGGCAUGACCCGAUACCUCGCAUACGGAGGAGCUGCAAAUGCGCCAUCAGAGAACAAGGCGUUCUACUUCUCUGGGCUACGAUCUCCAUCUUGGGGGCCCAUCUACACAGUGGGCAUCAACUCGUCGCUAACUGCCAUCAAUGUCUCGGAUACACUUAUCACCCUAGAUAUGACCACCCAGCAAGAUGAGAAGUGGAAGAACGUAACAUUGCCAGAUUUCAUCAAGGGCAGAGCUAACCCUGAACUGGUCUGGGUGCCCGUGGGAGCUCAAGGUAUUCUUGUGGCACUUGGCGGAGUGGUAUACCCCGAUUUCGUCAAUGUCACGCGCAAGUCAGCCAAUGAACCUGCCAGCAAAGAGCAAAGCUCAAAGUUCAUGUCCACUAUAGAUGUUUACGAUAUUGCAAACGACAAAUGGUAUCAGCAGCCUACGGUAGGCGGUCCUACACAGCUUACAAGAGGAUGUGCUGUUGUCGCCCCGGCGCAGGACAUGUCCAGCUUCAACAUCUACUACUAUGGUGGAUAUGACGGACUCAAUCCCACUUCCGAAGAGGCAUUCAACGAUGAUGUCUGGAUUCUGUCUCUUCCCUCGUUUAUGUGGAUGAAGGUGUCGUCUGGAACCAAGACGCAUGCCAGAGCCGGACACAAAUGUGUGAUGCCGUAUCCAGAUCAGAUGAUGAUCAUUGGCGGCUAUGGUUCUAUGUCUGGCGGGUCACCUCACUGUGUCGAAGGGGGCAUUGUUCAGAUGUUCAACCUCACUACUGGAAAAUGGGUCGACCGCUACGACCCGAGCCCACGGGCGGCGCCACUUUAA